AUGGCUACUCGCAUCCAGUUUGAAAACAGCAGUGACAUCGGUGUUUUCUCAAAAUUAACAAACAGCUACUGUCUGGCCGCUAUCCAAGGCAGUACAAAUUUCUACUCCGCUUUUGAGAGUGAGCUUGGCGAUGUCAUUCCCAUCGUACACACAAGUAUCGGCGGAACACGGAUAAUAGGGCGAUUGACUGCUGGUAAUCGACAUGGUCUACUUGUUCCCUCAACAACAACCGAUCAAGAGUUACAACAUCUGCGUAACUCUCUACCCGAUGCUGUAGCAAUUCAAAGAGUUGAAGAGCGAUUGUCUGCUCUUGGAAACGUUAUUGCAUGUAAUGACUACGUCGCCCUCGUGCAUCCUGAUGUCGAUCGAGAAACAGAAGAAAUCAUCGCCGAUGUCCUCAAAGUUGAGGUAUUCCGGCAAACGAUAGCAGAUAACGUAUUAGUUGGCAGUUAUUGUGCUAUCACUAAUCAAGGAGGCCUUGUGCACCCCAAAACGAGCAUCCAGGAUCAAGACGAGCUAAGCAGUCUGCUGCAAGUUCCAUUGGUGGCAGGAACAGUAAAUCGUGGAUCAGAUGUCAUCGGUGCAGGUUUGGUGGUUAACGAUUGGUGCGCUUUCACUGGUCUCGAGACUACAGCGACAGAAAUCAGCGUGAUUGAGGCUACCUUUAAAUUACAAGGUCAAGAUUCUACCGCUGUUAUUGGAGAGAUGCGAGACUCGUUGAUCGACAAUUGGGCAUGA